AUUAAAACCGUGAUGUUUCAAAUAUUACAAAAGAUGAAUAUAAAUGAACCACAUGUUCAAACAUUGACAUCAUCAAUUGAAAUGUUGAUGCACUCUGUAAAAGGUGUUAUUUUGAUUGCUGGAGGUUGCUCAAGUGGUCCCGGAAAGAGUGUUGAAAUAUUUUCAUGGAAGGAGGAGAAAUGGUUUAAUAUUGUAUCAAUGGAAAAUGGACACAGGUGGGCUUCAUCAUUUAUUUAUAAUGAUAAUUUAUUUGUUGUUGGAGGUGAUGGCUACAAGUCAAUGGAGACAUUGAAUUUAAAACAGUUUCCUUUUACAUGGAGAAAAUUUCCUGCAGAGCUUCCUUAUAGAUGUUGGGGGCAUCAAACUAUUGUUUGUAAAGAACAAAUCUUUCUCAUUGGAGGAUACAUUGCUGACAAAGGAAAAUCGGAUUUGAUCAGUGAAAUAAACAUUACUGGUUCAACAUGUUAUGUUGUCAAAGAGUUGUGUCAUAUGCCUGAACAACGUUGCCGCCAUGGAGCUGUUGUUGUUGAUGAUAAAGUUCUUAUUUUUGGAGGAUAUGGAAAAGAUGGCAAAGUUUUGUCCAGUGUUUUGGAAUUUGAUCCAAGGACUCUUACAUUUAAGGAAAUGCCUCCAUUACCUCAUCCAUUGGAUGGAAUGGCAACAGUUCAAUGGAGAGAUCAAGUUGUUCUUCUUGGAGGUUCUGAUGGAAAAGAAGAAAUAUUGAGCAGUGUUAUCAUGUAUGACAGCAAAACAGGUAAUAUUACCGUUUUACCAUCCAUGUUGGAAAAGAGAUUUGGGUGUUGUGCAGUUAUAACAGGUGAUACAAUUGUUGUCAUGGGAGGUCAGGAUGAUAAAGAUAGAAUCUUAAUUCAGUGGAGUGUUUUAAAAUGGGAAGUAGUUCUUCAUUUACAUAUCUUCCUUCAAUGA